AUGCAUCUUUCACCACCAACAUCUCCACCUUUCAUCACCACCAUCUUCUCUACCUCUCUCCGCCACCAACAUCUCGAUCCACUUCUCAUCACCACCAACAUCUCAACUUCUCAUCACCACAAACAUAUCCACCUUCCAUCGCCACCAUCAUCUCCACCUCUCACCACCACCAACAUCUUCACCUCUUCUCAUAACCAACAUCUUAACAUCUCAUCACCAUCAAUAUCUCCACCUGUCAAUACCACCAACAUCACCUCAAACAUCUCCACCUCUCACGACUAUUAUCUCCCCCCCUCAUCACCUCUCAAGAGCAACAUCACCUCACAUCACCACCAACAUCACCUUUCAUCACCAUUAGCAUCUCAACCUUUCAUCACCAACAUCUCCACCUCUCAUCAUCAACAUCUCCACCCAUUAUCACCAUCUCCACCUCUCAUCACCAGCACCAACAUCUCCAACUCUCUUAACCACUAA